UCAGGUUUAUAUUUAAAAAGUUCCUCUGAAAAUCGCGUUUUUUUUAAUAUAUUUCGCUAAAAUGACGAGAAAAUGUAUUGUCCCUCGGUGUAAUUCGACGCACAAAAUAAAAGGCAUUCGGUUCUAUCGAUUUCCUACUGUAAGGAAUGGUAGAACGCAAUUAGCAAAGCAAAGGUUGGAUGAGUGGAAACAAAUUUUCGGAUUUAGAGAAUGUUUUAAUCCGAGGCACAAGCGAAGCUGCCAAGAUUUCCGACGUAGCAAAUAUUGAUUGGGUCCCUACUUUGAACAUUGCUAAACUACGUUCGGAACUGCCUGUCCACCGUACAGAUGACUACAUUCCUGGGAAAGAAGAUCUGGAAGCUGAGGCAGUCGAUACAGACAAUUCUCGUCUUGUUGUCAAUCAUGACAGCUAUGAAGCAUUCGUGUGCGGUUUACUGGGAGGUGCUAAUCUUAUUUCCACUGCUGCGACACAAGCAGCCCUUGAGGACGAAAUAUCAAAUGAGACAGGACAGUGCAGUUUUUCAGAUAUUCCAAAGCCUUGUGACAAUAUCAGCAAUGGAAGCAUGCUCAUCAAUAUCAACAAACGAAUCAAUCCGCAAUCCAGGCACAACUAUACCUACAGCAGCGUAGAACCUUACCGCAACAGUACUGCUGCUCAAGAUUAUUCUAUGAAGACAACGACCUCAGAUUCAACCAAGAAUUCCACUGGUAUCGGGGGUGGAGCGUACAGUAUCCAACAAGAGUCCUGGUUUUCUACAUGCCCAGAUAAUACAUUCGAUGAUGGAGACAAAAACGCUGAAAAUGCUAUUACACCAUGCCAAAAUGAACUGAUUGCGUUGAAAUGCAAUAAUAAGGACAAAGAUGACAUACUUGUGGCGUAUCGAAAAGAAUUAGCAAGACUUCAAAAGAGGGUAGACGUGUUAGAAAGUGAGCUUUCAAAGAAACAGUACGGCUUGACCUGGAUAAAUGAUGACCGACGCUGCAAACUCUACACCGGAAUUAAUAGUCUUCAGACAUUAAAAAUAUUAUACGAAUACGUCGAGAAUAGUUUGUUCCAGCCUCGUUGUGCGUUGACAAAGGAUCAACUCUUCAUUAUGACCCUUCGCAAACUGCGACGCAACACACCAUUUGUGGAUUUAGCCGAAGAGUAUUCUGCCAAAGUCGACUCCUGA